UUACACUAUUCACCACCUCUCAUUUGACCGUCUUUUGUGAAUGAUAUGUAAGGAAAAAUAUAUUCAUAUGAUAUCUUUUUUAAUUCAUCUCAAUAAAUACUAUCAUAAUAUACAACUUUUAUAAUUUUUAUUUAUGAAGAAUUAAAGUUAUCGAUCGCUUAAGUUUUACAUUGACAAGUGUGAUUAAAGAAACAGGUCAAGUAAAAAAGAAUAGAGGAAGUAUUUAAUAUGUUACAUACCACCUCCACAAUUGAAACUUUCACAAUCAUGCUUAUUAAAUGACCUAAAACUUCCACACCAUACCCAAAUAAAUCAAAAAAAUAAUAAUAUAAUAAAUAAAAUUAAAAACCUCAAAGCAUAUAAUAAUGGUAAAUUCCAAUAAUAAAUUGCAUAAAAAUCAAAGGGAUACCCUAAGCUUUGUAUAAACCAAAAUCACAAAUGGCAAAAUCCACUAAGCUACACAACAAAAAUAUAGGGGUAAAACCGUAAACUUACAUAUAUAUCGUGUCAGUUCAUCCCGUACAUUUCCUGAUACAGUGUACUACUAUUCCUUUUUCGCGCUUCAUAAACCCCAACACUGUUACACAUUUACACCACCACCUUUUCCACUUCUCUUACGCAUACUUCAUCUUUCUCUCUCCUCUUUCCAGAAUUCCGGCACUACUACUCCGUUUAACGCCGCCGUAUUUCGUCUCUUGCUUUUCAAGUUUGUGGAACGUCGUGAAUUUGCUUUUGAUCGUCGUGAAUUUGAGGAUGGGUGCUGGUAGGAAGACAGAGUCUGUACCGUUGCAGAGUAAGCCACCUCCGCAACAUACGAUUAAUCAAAAUCCCUGGUCGGCUCGUAGAUUGCCAAAGAAAGACCUCGUCGCGGUUAUCUUUGGUUGCAAACAUGCCACUUUCAAUGAAUGUGUUAUCAAACAAUUAUUUGGCUUACCCUCUGCACAUAUUCAGUAUGUGCAACAUGUUACUCCAGGCAUGCCUCUAUUCCUAUUCAACUACAGUGACAGAAAACUUCAUGGGAUAUUUGAGGCAAUAUCUCCCGGUCAAUUGAACAUUAAUCCAUAUGCAUGGACCUUAAAUGGCGAAGAUGAGACCCCAUUUCCUGCACAGGUUCGUGUGAAGGUUCGUAUACCAUGCCGACCUCUUACUGAAGAGCAGUACAAGCCUAUUCUUGCUAAUAAUUACAGCAACUAUGAGCCCAACCAUUUUUGGUUUGAGUUGGACAAAGUCCAAACCAAUAAGUUAAUCUCUUUGUUCUCAGCUUCUCCAGUUAGCAAAAGUGUUGCAGUCCCCCGCACUACAGCUAAGUGGGGUACUCUGUUUAAACAAGCAAUUUCUCCAAUGGUUCACCAAGAAGCUGACAACUUGGGAAACGGUAAAGAUAAACAAAGAAAGGAAGCUGCAGCUGAUCAAGAUGUAGCGAUGAGGCAGGGAAAUAUUAAUACUUCCUCUGAAGGGAAAUCAUGGAGCUCUUUGUUUAAACCUCAGUCUGAUUCUACUUCUAAAAAGGAAGAAGAAGACUCCAACAGUGAAGGAUUUUCGAAUAUGUCAGAAGAUGAAGCUUCUCCUGCUAUGACUGAAUCCGUUUGCAUAGAUGAAGCCCCUCCUGUUAUGUCUGGAGCCAUUUGUGUGGAUGAAGCUCCUCCUGUUAUGUCUGAAGCCAUUUGUGUGGAUGAAGCUCCUCUUAUGACAGGAGUGCCUCAAUUUGAUGAAGCUCCUAAUGUGUCAGAAGUGACCUAUGUGAAUGAAACAUCUAUUCUGUCAGAAGUGAAUUAUUUUAUUGAAGAAAUCAGUUCAGAGAUGAACACAGAUUAUCAUACUGGUGUUAAUAAGUUGAUCCAAGCAAUUGCGGAGAUGAAAGCAUUUCAGUUGGAUCAAACGCGGAGAAUCCAGAGCUUGGAGCAAGAUUUGAUAGAAACCAAAAAAAAGGUUUACGAGUUGGAAAAUUUUCGGGGAUUGGGGAUGUCUCUGUCCUCUCAUUCAUGUGGACAUGUUGAGGAUCUCCAGUUCCAGAGAACUUCUCAAGAUUCCUGUCAAUCCAUACUUUUAGCAGGUGGAUUUAGUGGCUCCUCCUGGCUUCGGGACUUGGAUUUGUACCUGCCCUCUGAAGAUGUGAUGCAAUCUCUUGAACCAAUGAAUACUAUCCGUCCAUAUGCUUCUGUGGUGAAACAUGAGAAUGCAUUAUACAUUUUAGGAGGUGGAUAUGGUACAUCCUGGUAUGACACAGUUGAAUCUUAUAACCUUGAAAAGGAUCAGUGGAUGAGCUGCCCUUCGUUGAACAAGAAGAAAGGGAGUUUGGCAGGAGUUUCUUUCUUUGAGAAAAUUUACGCUAUAGGAGGUGGGAAUGCUAGUGACUGCUUCUCGGAGGUUGAAUUACUUGAUUUGAAUGUUGGAAAGUGGAUCACUACCAGGUCAAUGGCGCAAGAGAGGUUUGGCCCAGCUGCAGCACAGUUAAAUGGCGUGCUUUAUGUUGUUGGUGGAUAUGAUGGUCGUGAAUACUUAAGGUCCAUGGAAAGAUUUGAUCCUCGUGCACAAUCAUGGACUAAAUUAAAGAGUAUGAACACAAGAAGAGGAUGCCACUCUCUGACUGUUCUGAAUGAAAAGUUGUAUGCCAUUGGUGGGUAUGAUGGAGCUCAAAUGGUGCCCACUGUUGAAGUUUUCGAGCCUCGCGUUGGUUCAUGGACAAUGUUGGAACCGAUGAAAUAUGCCAGAGGAUACAUGGGUUGUGUGACUCUUGGAAACACUAUCUAUGCAAUAGGUGGGAUGGAGGAGAACGAGGAAAUCCUGGACACGGCGGAGUGUUAUUCUGAAGGUAAAGGAUGGCAACUAACUGACCUGAAGGCCGUUGGGAAAAGAUGUUUUUUCUCAGCUGUUGCGGUGUGAUGUAUUGACGUGAUGACAUCGAGAAUCUUUGUGAAUGAAAAGUUUGUAUAUUUCUAAAUUAGCCAUCUAACUAAAAACUUCUUAACCCAUAUUAUAAUGAGAAGUUAAAGUUGUAAUUAUGUACUCUACAGUACAUGUAAGAGUUGUAAGAGCACUCCCGGCAGUGAGGAAAAAAGCCCUCACGAGUAAAAAUAAAGGUGUAAAAAAAA